UCAGAAGCAGAGAGUGAGUCUCGCCAGGGCAGUGUAUCAAGACAAGGACAUCUAUCUGUUGGACGAUCCUCUCAGCGCAGUUGAUGCACAUGUUGGCAAACAUAUUUUUGACAAUGUUAUAGGUCCAGCUGGAAUCCUUAGAAAUAAGACGAGAGUUUUGGUUACAAAUGGUAUAAACUUCUUACCCAAAUGUGAUGAAAUCAUUGUGUUGAACAACGGGACGAUUUCUGAGACAGGGACCUUCGCCCAACUACUUGAAAACGCUGGGGCAUUCUCAGAAUAUAUCGCAACGUAUCUGAAUGAUGAUGAACGUGAAAAUGAAAUUGACGAAGAUGACGACAUGAUACAAAUUAAACGAGAUCUGAAACGUCUCGUUUCCGUCCAGUCAGCAUUAUCAGACAAGUCCGAUAAAGAUGAUGCUGGGAGUUUAGCCGGCAGCAUAGCAAGUGGCAAGAGAGGGAGCAUGAGAAAGAGAUCGAGUCCAAGAAAGCGCACAAUCUCGACCAAGUCAGAUAAACUAGCCAACGAAGAUGACGUCGAAAUUGUAAAGAAACCUGGGAAGAAGGAGAAACUUGUGGAAGAUGAAAUGGCUCAAGAGGGAGGAGUUCGGGCAAUUGUUUUCCUUAAAUACUUCAAAGCAUGUGGUGUCGGUUUCUGUAUACUAACAGUGCUUGCUACCAUACUGUAUAUGGGGUGUCAAGUUGGUACUAACAUAUGGCUUAACAUAUGGAGUAGCGAUAAACCCCUUCAGAAGAAUGGUACCUUAGUCCAAGAUAAACCACUUACUAACUUACGACUUGGCAUAUAUGGGACAUUUGGUGCGGGAUCGGUUUUGACAGUCUUGCUCCAAUCUAUUUCUAUUGCGCUUGCAUCCGUGUCUGCCUCGAAUAUUUUACACUCCGAUCUCCUCCAUAACGUGGUCAGGGCUCCAAUGUCUUUCUUCGACACAACUCCUUUUGGCAGAAUCAUCAACCGUUUCGCCAAGGACGUCGACACACUGGACAUCAACAUCCCUAUUACCAUCAAGAUUGCCCUGUUCACUUUAAGCUCUGUCAUAAUGACAGUUGUUGUCAUCAUAUAUACAACGCCUCUCUUCGUGGUAGUCAUUAUACCACUAGCCGUCUUCUAUUAUUUUGUACAAAGGUUCUACGUUGCCACCUCACGCCAACUCAAGCGUUUAGAAUCCAUAUCAAGGUCGCCCAUCUAUUCCCACUUUAGUGAGACGGUAGUUGGUGCCAGUUCAAUAAGAGCAUAUGGGAAGCAGGAUGAAUUUGUAAACAAAUCCGAUGUGUUAGUUAAUCAAAACCAGCAAGCCUAUUAUCCGAAUAUUGUUUCAAAUAGAUGGCUUGGAAUUCUGCUUGAAUUUAUUGGAAACAUAAUUGUUCUAUUUGCCGGCUUGUUUGCUGUAAUUGGGAGGGAUACCUUGAGUGGAGGACAGAUUGGAUUAUCUGUGUCAUAUUCGCUGCAGGUGACGCAAUCUUUGAAUUUCCUUGUUAGGAUGCUUACUGAUUUGGAAACCCAUAUUGUAUCAGUCGAGCGAAUUAAAGAAUAUACAGAUAUCGAAAAUGAGGCUGUAUGGGAGAUAGAGAAUAGCAAACCUCCACCCGCGUGGCCCCAGGAGGGGGCGAUAGCUGUCGAUAAUUAUAGUGUCAGGUAUAGGGAAGGACUAGACUUGGUUUUGAAAGAUGUAUCAUUCAAUGUGCAGCCGGGUGAAAAGGUUGGUAUUGUUGGAAGAACAGGAGCAGGGAAAUCAUCAUUGACUCUAGCAUUAUUCCGUAUACUAGAACCUGCAAAUGGCUCCAUUAUCAUUGAUGGUAAAGACAUCACCAAGAUGGGCCUACAUAGUCUGCGAUCAAAACUUACAAUUAUUCCACAGGAACCUGUUCUAUUCUCUGGUUCUCUAAGGAUGAAUUUAGAUCCAACUGAUAUAAGAACUGAUGAUGAACUGUGGGGUGCAUUGGAGAAUGCUCAUUUGAAAGAUUACGUCGCUGGUCUUCCGGAGAAGCUCAUGCAUCCCUGCUCUGAAGGUGGUGAGAAUCUAAGUGUUGGUCAACGGCAGCUAGUAUGUCUGGCAAGGGCGUUGUUGAGAAAGACAAAGAUAUUAAUACUCGAUGAAGCAACGGCAGCAGUUGACCUCGAAACUGACGAUCUCAUUCAGAAUACAAUAAGGACGGAGUUUAAGGAUUCGACAGUGGUUACCAUAGCACAUAGGUUGAAUACAAUCAUUGAUUAUGACAGGAUACUUGUUUUGGAUGCAGGCAUGCGGAAAGAGUAUGAAACGCCCACCGCAUUGUUGAAUGACAAAACAACUAUAUUUUAUGGAAUGGCAAAGGACGCUGGUUUGGUGUCCUAGUAACAUUAUAAAAUUAUAAAAUAAUAUUUUAAUUCAUGGAAAUUCAAAUCAUUAUCGAAACAGGGUGACUGAAGUCAUUACCAGCAUUUUAUGUCAUGGUACAUUUUGUCUGGGUAUCAGUAUAAGAUAACAUAAUAUAUAUUUUCCCAAUUGGAACACAAUUGAAAUAAAUAUAUUGAAAUAGUGGAAUAUAGGUUAUUCAUCUG